AUGUGGACGCAAGAUUUUAUGCGAGUGUUACAAGGCGCUCGGAAAGUGACGGAGCAAGUCAUUCGUACGCAAAGUCCAAUGAUAACGACAAAGAGUGAACAGCUGUCAAAGCACGCCAUGGAAUUGAGUCGAAUCGUUCCAUCUUUUGUCAAUUCGAACGCGUCACCAGCUGGGAAUGCAAUGGCUACACGGGAACAAGAGAAAGGACCAAAAAGAAAAAAAGAAGACGACGAGGAAGAAAAAGAAGAAAUAGUCCCACGUAAAGUAUGGGAAGAAAAACGAGUCCCUUCAUCACCUUUAUCUCGAAUUUUAGGUUUUGGAGGUCUUGCUGCCAAACUUGCAGUUGGCACAGCAGCAGAAUUUGUACGAACGGGUGGAAAGAAUGGCACAUAUAAUGCUUUAGUAUCCGAUGCCAAUGUGGAAAAGUUAGCGGAGACUUUAUGUACAAUGAGAGGAGCAGCAUUGAAACUUGGACAGAUGUUAAGUAUUCAAGAUGAAGCAAUGAUUCCAUCGAAACUAACGGUUGCAUUGGAUCGUGUUCGUGAAAAUGCACAUGUCAUGCCGAAGAACCAGCUGCAUCAACAGCUUGAAACUGAACUUGGUGAAGAUUGGCAAAGCAAGUUUCUAGAAUUUGACGACGUUCCAAUUGCUGCUGCGUCCAUUGGACAGGUCCACAGAGCUACGCUUCUGAACCGUGACCGCGUGGCAAUUAAGAUUCAGUAUCCAGGUGUGGCUGAUUCCAUCGGCAGUGAUCUGCUCAACCUCAAACGACUGGUGACAUACACGAACAUUUUACCACGUGGACUGUACAUUGACGAGAUCAUUCGUGUGGGCGAGGAAGAACUCACAGCCGAGUGUGAUUACAUUAAGGAGGCGGAGAACCAGGAGCGUUUCAGGGAGCUUAUCGAGCAGAGUGGCAUGGGUGAACAAUACGUUGUGCCACGCGUGUACCCAGAAUUGUCCACGGCACGUAUUUUGACGACGCAAUUAAUCUCUGGAGUUGCGGUUGACAAAGCAGUGCAUCUCUCGCAGGAUGUGCGCAACAGUAUUGGUCGUCGUCUCCUUGAGCUUACGAUUCAUGAGCUAUUUAACUGGCGCUUCAUGCAGACAGAUCCAAACUGGAGCAACUUUAUGUACAAUGCAUCCACUGACAAGAUUGGGCUUGUAGAUUUUGGUGCUGCUCGCGAGUAUCCGAAGUCGUUCGUGGAUGAGUACUUCAACGUUGUUUGGGCUGCAGCGAAUGAAGACGAGAAAACGAUGAUUGACUCUUCGAUCAAGCUGCACUUCCUGACUGGCGACGAGUCUCCCGCUAUGAUGCGCGCCCAUAUUGCAGCUGGUAUGGUGGUUGGUGAGCCCUUCCGGUCGCACGAGCCCUUUGACUUCCAAAAGAGCCAAUUGACAACCAGACUCGGUCAGCACACAGAGGCGUUCAUGCACGGUCGUUUGACACCCCCGCCGCAAGAAGCUUAUAGUCUGCAUCGUAAGCUUGCGGGUGCUUUUUUGAUGUGCAUCAAGCUGCGUGCCGUCAUACCAUGUCGGAGUGUACUUGAAGACGUGCAUCGCCAACAUUACUCGUAG